AUGGCGCAACCGAGUAACGCAGAUUUGGAGAAGGCUUUACAGGACUUAAAACUUAAUAAUAUAUAUGAAACUUUCUUUGUAAAGAAUAAAACAUCUAAAUUUGAUAGUUUAUGUAGCACAUUGAGUAGUCAUGAAAAAAAAUAUGCAGGUGUCAAAGAACUUUGCAGUAAAUUAGUGCUUUUUUCAGAAAAAAUAGCUGAACAUAAAAAUGCAACAGAACGUAUCAACUAUUGUAGUUAUUUGCCCUACUGGUUAUAUGGUGAAGUAGGGAAAAUAUAUAAAGAAAAACCGUCUGAACAAUUUGGUAAAAUUCCUUUUGUUAAAGAUCUUAUUAAAGCAAGGGAAGAAGCAAACAAAAAAAUCCCCAAUUUUAAAUGUACAUCACACUUUGAUGAGAAGGCUAGCUUAGAUGAAUUAAUCAAAAGGAAAAUUUCUUAUAUUUAUCUAAACAAAUAUGAUGAGAUUAAACAAAAUGUUAAUGCUAACACUAAAGAUAAAUGUAAUAGCUAUGUUACAUAUCUUAAUUAUAUUGACUCGUUGUAUAAAAAGUAUAAGAAUAGUGACUGUAACGUUUCAUUUUUUACGCCUACACCUAAGUACGCUGAUUGUUCAUAUUCUGCUAAAUAUGACCCAAAGGAUCUCAUAUAUAAAGCAAAUCAGUGCAAAGCUAAAGCAACUGGAAGUAGUGACACUUCAUUUUUCGGUUUUCUUUUGGGGGAUUCGUCACCUCGACAAUCCGCAAAUGUCAAAGGUGCACCAACCCAAGCGCAAGCAAGGGUUGCAAAUGUAGACACUAAAGUGUCUGGAACUGGCAAAAGUUUAUCAGCUGAUGGCUCUCAAAGGGAUAAAGAAACGAAAGGAUUAGCAGGAAUUACAGUAGGUGGAGAUGGAUCGAGAGGUUUAUCAAGUUCAACAAGGUCAUCAGGUUUAGAAAGUUCAGUAAAUAAAGGAGGUUCAGCACGUCCAGGUGUUGAAGCAACAAGACGUGAUACUGCAUUAACUGGAGUGGGAGUGCCUGGACAGGGGGUUCAUACAGUAAGAGAAUAUGCUUCAGAGACUAGUAGUGAUGCAGCCCCUGCGAUCAUCACGAUUCCUCCUAGUACUUUAGAAACGGUGAAUGAACAGUCAGACUCAAACUAUAUUCGAAACAUCGUCAUGGCUGCUGCUAUAUCUUCUGGAUUGAAAUCAAGAUUUCCCAAAAGAAAACGGAAAAAAAAAAUAUUUGAGCAUAAUUAUUACGAAGAGUAUGAAAAGGAGUUAGCGAGGUAUGAAUCAGAAAAUGAAUCUUUAGAUUCUCAAUCGGAUCGGUAUUAUUUGAAUUAUCAAUCUGAUCAGAACUCUUAUUACUAA